UAUGUAUUAAAAAGUAGGGUACAAGGUGAGAGCAAUUGAUGCUCAUAUGACCCGCACGCAUGUGGCACUUGCGUGUGCGAGUCAUAUGAACAUCAAUUGAGGACGCAUCUGUCUAGCACCAUGAGUUCACGCCGUGCAAAUUAUCCGCACGACAUGCAUACAUCGUGAGCUCACAUGCUUAGCGAGCAUUUUGUUAUCUGGGUUUCUACCAUAGUAAUUUUUUUUUUUUUAGCAACAACCGCCAUUUAUACGUCAGGUCAGGUACUUCUGGGACUACCCUUGUAAUAUGGAUAGCCAUAUUAUCCGCACUGGCUACUACUACCACCUUCUCCUCUAAUAAAAUUGCCAUUAGAUUUUUUAUUAUGAUUUUAGUUUCUUUAGAGAUAUUUUAACUAAAAGUGAAUUUGACAACUAAAUUCCAGAUAAAACUUAGUAGCGGCGUUUGUGCAGUGAAGUUUGCGUCAUGCGGCACGAUUCUUUAUGUACUUAUUUUACCCGCCGUCACCGCGUCGCUUGAUCUCGCGUGUCCGCGCGCGACCGGCCAGUCCGACUUAUUCAGUUAUUCUCGAGUCUUUGCCUCUGUUGGUUGGAAAUAUUAUGUUAAGCUGUGGCUCGGCGGCCUGAAUCUUACACAAAAAAGGAAAAAUUAUAAAAAAGAGGGCUCUCAUCACACGACGCAGUGGCCGGAUACAUAUAUAUAUUAUAAUAUUCUAUAAAUUAUGAGCCCUCUUCCGGAUUAGAUUCUCCAAUUUUUAAGCGCAGUAUGGAUAUAUCCCUUAAUUCUCCAAAAGAGACGAAUCUAACUUAUCCUACCUCUUCGAAAGUUAACAGUGCUGCCCCGAUUAUUGAUACGAUAGACUCACGCAACUCAAAUGAAAUCCUUGAGAGAUUAAUGGUACUAGAAAAACAAAUGAAUGCACUACUUGAAGGGCAUAAGCAAUUAAUGCAGCAAGGUCAACAAAUAUUGAAGGAAGUGUUACUGCAUCAGAAAACAGUAGGCGAAGUAAAUGUAACAAAAAGCUUUUACGAACCGCUCGAAGGCUUUCCGCUCAAUACGCUAGACCAAUUCGAUGAAAUGGAAAGCGACUCCCAAAAAAGUGCGCGUAAGAAAAUGUAUCAUCAUUUGAAAAGUUUAGGAGGCUCCAAAUUGCGUGACUUCUUACAUUCCUCUUUAAAGGAGAUUAUGACCGACGAGUUGGUCAAUAAGUUUACGUGGUCUGGUGGUGCUGAGUCAAGAAAUUUUGGCGAUACAAAAAUUGCCAAUAUACUAUAUCUUGCAGCUCAAAAUUGUCUGUUCUUUAAAGGGCCAGAGAGCAAAAUGGAAUUUAAAAUGGACAUGCAGGAGGUUUUACGUGCGGCAAAGCAGAGAAUCCGUAAUAGAAUUAAAAAAAAUGCAUUUGUAACAGAAGAACAGGAUCCCAAAGAUGAUGGAACUGAUGAUGAUCAAGAGUAUAUGUCCGAGGAGAUGACCGAAUACGAAUCGGAUAAUUAAAUUGAAAAUUUGAAGAAGUAUUUCAAAAUUACUAUGAGAAUUGAUUAAAAAAUUUACGGUAAACAUGCCGAAUAGGGAAUCCAGCCCCAAUGACCUUGACCUUGACAUAUUGUCAAGAUUACAACUCUGAGUAAUGUAUAAAAGGUUUUAGCCGUUGUUCAUUGUUUAUUAAAAAGUUAUAAACACAAGAAGUUUUAUCAACUAUGUUACAUGUAAUUUUCCAAAACUACAUGUUUAUAAAAAUCACGUUUUUUAUAAAAAGUCGUGAAGUUAUAUGGUAUAAAGAACGCGUGGGCGGAGGAGGGGCUUCGCCUCUUCUCUGCACUCCCACCCCGUAAUUUUUCUUAACUCUAACCCAACCAAUUUCAUGUCACUAUUUAGUUAAUGCGGAAACAUUGAAAUCGAAAAACGUGGAUUUUGUUUGGCGUGGAAAAUCGCAAACCCAUGUGGUACAGUACAAGCGUGGAUGCAGUUUAUUUUACAUAAAGCACUGCUAUCAUGUAUCGUAUUUAUGAAACUUUAAUCAAGUAAAGUAGAUCUUGUUUUACAGGUUUAUAUUUAUGUUCAUAGAACAAUGAGCAAUAGUUAAAACUUUUUAAACAUUACUCAGGGUCAUGAUCUUGACAACAUGCAAACAUAAAUCUAAACCUAAACCUAAACCUGUGUGAUAGAUAUAAACCCAAAUUCUACCCUAUUUCACUAAAGUUUCAUAAAUACGAUACAUGAUAUCAAUACAUUACGUAAAGUAAACGACGUCCGCGCUUGUACUGUACCACAGGGACAGUCCCGAUUGGACACAGUUCCGAUUGGACACGGACUCGAUUGCACACAAACCUGAUUGCACACCGACUCGAUUGCGCACCGACCCAUUUGCAUACGGACUCGAUUGCGCGUCGACCUGUUUGCACACGGACCCGAUUGCGCACUGACCCAUUUGCACACGAACCCGAUUGCACACGAUACGAUUCCGCAUUGCAGUAUAUGGGUUAACGAUUUGGAUGGGGUGGGUGCGGAAGGGUGGCCUAAGGCCCCCUUUCGCACCCCCCCGGUGCGCGCGCGCGCGCGCGCGCGCGUGUGUGUGUGUGUGUGUCGAUAAUCCUAGAAUAUUUUAUCAGUUGAAUCUUGAAUCAAGAAAAGUUGCGUAAUGUUCAAAGAUGACGUGAGAAAUGAUUAAGCUCAAAUGUACAUACAUUUUAUAAUUAAAACAUUUAACUGUUUCUAAAUUAGUAAAUACAUACAAUUGUACGAAUAAAUUAUAAUAUAUAUCAUAAUACAUUAUUUAAUACAAUAACAUAUGCUGUUAAGUAUCUAUCAGAUAGCACAUGGACGUCCAUUGAACGUUUAUUGGACGUCUGAGCUUGGACAUCCAUUUACUGCUUUCGGCAAAGCAAAUCUGAGACGUCGGAGUGCUCUCUUACCUCAUUCUAUCUUUGUUCAAUUUCAGUAAAUAACAAAGACAGAAUGUGUUAACAGAGCCGCCAGACGCCUCAGAUUUGCUUUACCAAACGUAUUAAGUAACCGAAUAAAAUCCGACGAACGUUCAAUAAACGUCUUAUGGGCGCUCGUUUUUUUUCACAACAUCAUAUGUCUAUUGAAUAUCCAAAAAAGAAUUUGAAAUGAACUUAAAAAGAUUUCAAAGGAAUAUAAUUUUUAGUGCCCUAGUAUUUGUAA